AUGGUCAGAGCUUCGGAGGACGAAAAAGAAAUCUACAAAUCGAGGCUCGAUUAUAUCAAAGGGAUGCACAAUGAAGAGGGGAGACAAAAGUCGAGGAGCAUGACCCUCGAAAGCAAUGGCUCGACUGCUCAAACGGAUAACGACAGGAUGACAUCAUCAAGAAGCCAUGGCUCGAUAACGCUGCAGGAAUUGGAACAGCGGAAAAUCGUGUUCGCACUCGACGGAUCAGAAAAGAUCAAGUCUCGAUUAGCAAACAAUGGGAGCACCACAAAUCCUAAUGGAAGACAAGAAAGAUUUGCAAAGCUGCUCCUUGGCGAGGACAUGUCCGGUGGCGGGAAAGGCGUUUCCUCAGCUUUGGCUUUGUCGAACGCAAUCACAAACUUGGCAGCUUCUGUAUUUGGAGAACAAAAGAGAUUGGAGCCCAUGGCACCAGAAACAAAAGCAAGGUGGAGAAAAGAGAUUGAUUGGCUCUUGUCAGUCACAGAUCACAUUGUUGAAUUUGUUCCUUCCAAACAAAGGUCCAAAGAUGGAGCCAACAUGGAGGUUAUGGUGACAAGACAAAGAAACGAUCUCCACAUGAACAUUCCCGCUCUACGCAAACUCGAUGCCAUGCUCCUCGAAUGCUUGGACAACUUUAAGGAUCAGAAUGAGUUCUAUUAUGUGUCAAAAGAUGACGAGGACUCGUCUCAGAAGGGUAAAAAUGUAAGAUCUGACAAUAAAUGGUGGAUUCCCGUGCCUAAAGUGCCUCCGAAUGGCCUUUCUGAGGUCACAAGAAAAUGGGUGCAACAUCAGAAGGACUCAGUCAAUCAGGUGCUCAAAGCUGCCAUGGCCAUAAAUGCUCAAGUCCUUUCGGAAAUGGAGAUUCCAGAAAGUUAUAUAGAGGCUCUCCCUAAGAAUGGAAGAGCAAGUCUAGGGGAGUCAAUGUACAAGAACAUAACGGACGAGUACUUUGACCCGGACUACUUCCUUACUUCGGUGGACCUGUCCUCGGAGCAUAAAAUCCUCGACCUCAAGAACAAGAUCGAGGCAUCAGUCGUAAUAUGGAAAAGGAAAAUGAACAUGAAAGACAACAAGUCUGCUUGGGGCUCGGCCGUGAGCUUGGAGAAGAGAGAGAUUUUCGAGGAUAGAGCUGAGACCAUUUUGCUUAUCUUGAAGCAUCGAUUUCCGGGACUACCCCAGUCUGAUCUCGACAUCACCAAAAUACAAUGCAACAGAGACGUGGGGCAUGCGAUUUUGGAAAGCUACUCGAGAAUAAUAGAAAGCCUAGCAUUCACUGUGUUGUCAAGAAUCGAAGAUGUGAUGCAAGUCGACUCUGAAGCACGAAACCCGCCAAGUGGUGAGCCAAUAAUGAAGUCGCCCUCGACUGAAGAAGAAGAAAGCAACUCGGCCGAGACCCCAAAUUCAAUGACACUACUUGAUUUCAUGGGUUGGAACUUGGAGAACUCGGAAAACGACCCGAAUAAAAAGGAUUCACACGAAGAAGCCGAACGAAAGGUUUUAAAUAAACCGGCUAACGUCAACACGAACAAGAAAGUGUCAUACAUUGAGAGGCUAGAAAGCUUAGGUGGCACGAGAAGCCCCACAGCCCGCCACUAG